AUGAUGUCCAACAUGAUGACUCAAGUAGAGACAACGGUGCACUACUACAACAAUGGAUACGAGGAUGAGUACAUGUUGCAAGAAGACGAGUGGGACCGGGAUCUCCUUUUGGACCCGGCUUGGGAGAAGCAACAACGAAAGACGUUUACAGCUUGGUGCAACUCUCACCUGCGUAAGGCUGGGACACAGAUUGAGAACAUCGAGGAGGACUUCAGGAAUGGCCUGAAACUCAUGCUCCUGCUGGAAGUCAUUUCAGGUGAAAGGCUACCCAAACCAGACAGAGGGAAGAUGCGUUUUCACAAAAUCGCCAAUGUCAACAAAGCACUGGAUUACAUCACCAGCAAAGGAGUGAAACUUGUUUCCAUAGGAGCUGAAGAAAUUGUGGACGGGAAUGUAAAGAUGACCCUCGGAAUGAUAUGGACCAUCAUCCUCCGCUUUGCAAUUCAGGACAUUUCAGUUGAAGAAACAUCAGCGAAGGAAGGACUUCUCUUGUGGUGUCAGAGAAAGACUGCCCCCUACAGGAAUGUCAAUGUGCAGAACUUCCAUGUCAGCUGGAAGGACGGCCUGGCGUUCUGUGCCCUGAUUCACAGGCACCGCCCGGAUCUUAUCGACUAUUCCAAGCUCAACAAGGACGAUGCUGUUGGUAAUUUAAACUUGGCCUUGGAAAUUGCAGAGAAGCACCUGGACAUCCCCAAAAUGUUGGAUGCUGAGGACAUUGUCAACACCCCCAAACCUGAUGAAAGAGCAAUCAUGACCUAUGUGUCCUGCUUCUACCACGCUUUUGCUGGAGCAGAGCAGGCUGAGACAGCUGCCAACAGGAUCUGUAAGAUUCUGGGUGUGAACCAGGAGAAUGAGAAGCUGAUGGAAGAGUAUGAAAGGCUGGCCAGCGAGCUGCUGGAGUGGAUCCGGCGGACGACCCCCUGGCUGGAGAACCGCACGGCGGAGAACACCAUGGCGGCCAUGCAGCGGAAGCUGGAGGACUUCCGGGACUACCGGCGCAAGCACAAGCCGCCCAAGGUGCAGGAGAAGUGCCAGCUGGAGAUCAACUUCAACACGCUGCAGACCAAGCUGCGCAUCAGCAACCGGCCUGCCUUCAUGCCCUCCGAGGGCAAGAUGGUGUCGGACAUCGCCAGUGCGUGGCAGGGCCUGGAGCAGGCUGAGAAGGGCUAUGAGGAGUGGCUUCUGACCGAGAUCCGCAGGCUGGAGCGUCUGGACCACCUGGCCGAAAAGUUCCGGCAGAAAGCCACCACCCAUGAAGACUGGGCCCAGGGCAAGGAGCAGAUCCUGACCCGGAAGGACUACGAGUCGGCAUCACUGACGCAGGUGAGGGCGUUGCUGCGGAAACACGAGGCCUUCGAGAGCGACCUGGCUGCCCACCAGGACAGAGUGGAGCAGAUUGCCGCCAUCGCACAGGAGCUGAACGAGCUGGACUACCACGCCGCCGCUGGCAUCAACGAGAGGUGCCAGAAAAUCUGUGACCAGUGGGACCAACUGGGAACGCUGACGCAGAAGAGGAGGGAGGCUCUGGAGAGGACAGAGAAGUUGCUGGAAACCAUUGACCAGCUGUUCCUGGAGUUCGCCAAAAGGGCGGCGCCCUUCAACAACUGGAUGGAAGGGGCUAUGGAAGACCUGCAGGACAUGUUCAUUGUGCACACUGUGGAUGAGAUUCAGAGCCUGAUCGUGGCACACGACCAGUUCAAGGCCACCCUGCCAGAAGCAGACAGCGAGAGACAGGCCAUCCUGGGAAUCUUGAACGAGAUUCAGAAGAUCGCCCAGAGCUACGGAAUCGGCACCUCCCUCACCAACCCCUACUCCUCAAUCACCACCAUCGAGAUUGGCAUCAAGUGGGACAAGGUAAAGAAGCUGGUUCCUCAAAGAGACGGCCUUCUUCAGGAGGAGCUUGCCCGUCAACAUGCCAACGAACGCCUGAGACGCCAGUUUGCAGCCCAGGCCAACCUUAUAGGGCCCUGGAUCCAGACUAGGAUGGAGGAAAUAGGCCACAGCUCAGUGGAAAUGAGUGGCACCUUGGAGGACCAGAUGACCCAACUCAAGCAGUUUGAGCACAUCAUCAUUAACUACAAACCCAACAUUGACAAGCUGGAAGGAGACCACCAGCUGAUUCAGGAAUCACUUAUCUUUGAUAACAAGCACACCAACUACACCAUGGAGCACAUCCGGGUGGGCUGGGAGCUUCUUCUCACCACCAUCGCCCGAACCAUCAACGAGAUUGAGACUCAGAUCCUCACCCGGGAUGCCAAGGGCAUCAGUCAGCAGCAGAUGAAUGAGUUCCGGUCCUCUUUCAACCACUUUGACCGGAAGAAGAAAGGGGGGAUGGAGGCUGAUGACUUUAGAGCUUGCUUGAUCUCCAUGGGCUAUGCUUUGGGUGAGGCCGAGUUUGCACGCAUCAUGACCCUGGUGGACCCCAAUGGGGUUGGGGUGGUGUCCUUCCAGUCUUUCAUUGACUUCAUGACCCGGGAAACAGCAGACACGGACACCGCUGAGCAGGUCAUCGCCUCCUUCAGGAUCCUGGCAGCUGAUAAGCCAUACAUCCUGGUGGAGGAGCUGCGCCGGGAGCUGCCCCCGGAGCAGGCCGAGUACUGCAUCAUGAGGAUGCCCCCCUACACCGGGCCUGGCAAGGUGCCGGGGGCCCUGGACUACACCUCCUUCUCCACCGCCCUGUACGGAGAGAGCGACCUCUAACUGCAUUCACCCACGGGAGGGCAGUGUAGCCACGGGCUUCACCUCAACCUCUGAUAUUUGGUCGGCUGUCAAAAUCUCACUUUCUAUUGGAUGAAAUCCAGCCGUUCCAAGUCCUCCCACCCCCUUUUCCUAACAGCAUCCAAUGACUACAGUACCCAACAGAGCUAUACUAUGAGAGCAAUAUGAUAUACUGUAGCUACAGUUUCAUGCAAUAUCUACGCUUUAUUUAGUGUGUGGCACAGUAUGCUAUUUCCAAUUUAAAAAAAACAAGACUUUUUUUUUUUUCAUGUAAUGCAGUUAGAAAGCAGGGUUUUUUUUAAAUAGCUUGUAUUUAAACUCUAAAAAGAACUUGCAUAAGACAUACAAGUUAGAUGGGAAUACUGGGUGGAUGAAAGGUUGUUUAUGCUGUGCAAAUAACACAUCCAUCUUCCAGAGCAUAAUAAGAUGGAAGGACAAAUAAUUUAAUGUAAUUAAAUUAUUUGUUCAGGGCGUUCAGGUGGUCAAAAUAAAUAUGGUGUUUUAUCUUUACAGUGCCUAAGCUAUGGUAAGACAGCAAAAAAAAAAAAGCUCAGUGGUCGAAUGGGACUAUAUUUGGAUGUAUUCACUUACUGAUGUCAAACCUGAAUUUAAGUAGCUCCAUUUUUGUGCAUGUCACUUCUUUCUUCAGAUCCAGCGCCAGUACAUGGAUAUGCCACUGUUAACAUUCAAGUGAUGACACUGACUUUUUGCAUUUGGCUGA